CGGUGGAAUGAUAUUAUAGAAAAUUCAUGAAGGAAAUGUAUCGAUAAAUCAAUCACCUUGUACACACGUCCAUCUCUCUAUCUAUCUCUACACACACAGCCACACCGCAGCGCCCGACGUCUCAACACAUCUCAUCUGCAAGGACCAAUGUUCUUCCAUCGUCCAUUGUCAGUCAUCGCCUCACAGCCAUCUGUCCAGCUCACUCCACCAGCCGUGCACUUUGCCUGUCGUCGCUGCCCAUUGCCCUGCCCUCCCCUGUGCCGAGCCGUGACAAUCGUCUCUUGAGUCGCCUACAGAUGCGCUGGCACCAGGGGCAGCACACGCACAGCUCAUCGCGAUAGCCCGUCUCGAAGUCAUCCUCCUGUCCGAUACACCGGCACACGCAACACAAGACACACAGAGAGGGAUUGUCUGCACGCUGAGGAUGGCGCGGCUAGCUUACGGAAUCCUCAUCCUCGUCGGCAGCGACGACCUUCGAGCCUGCACACACACACACGCAGAGAGAGAGAGAGAGAUCGUGUCGAUGUCUGCGCCCAGCAGCUGGGGAUGGGAUGGGCCGCUUACUUCUGCCCCAGUUGGCUCCCAGGAUGUCCCGCUUGACGUUGGCAAUCAGCGGCGGCUCGAAGGGGUCCAGGAACAAUAUGCUGGUCGCUGGCGCCUCGUACAGACGGACAGUGUGCUGAUCGUCCUGUAAGGGCAAGGCGGACAGGCAGGCAAAUCCACGGAGAGCGUAUGUAUGUGUGUCGGUGUCUACCUCGUCAAUGUCGUCCUCCUGUGUGUCUGCCAUUUUGCCCUGGACGGCGUGGAAGGCGUCGAGCCACACCUGCCGGUGCUGCAUGGUGGGGGCGUGGAAAUCAUACACACGCGGCGGCAACGUGGGGCCCGCGCGCUGCAGCUGCACACACACACACACACACACACAGAGGGGCGGAGGAUUUAUGCUGGCCAUUGAUUGCAUCUGUCUGCCAGUGAUGUGUUUCAUCCAUACGAGUUGGAAUCUGAGGUGCUGCGGGUCGUCCUCAGGGUCCGGCAGCCGGACGUCGGUGACGAACUUGAGGUCCACACUCCCCUGAGUGCACUCAGUCAUGUCAUUCACGCAGCCAUGAUUGUGCCUGUCUGUCUGUCUGCCUGCCUGUCCAUUUUGUGUGCCGUGCCUACCUGUGAGAUGGGGUUGUCUCGUGAAGGGUACCAGUAGAGCCGGCCGUUCUUGAUGGCGCACCAAUGCAGCUGCCAGCUGAUCGAUUCCAGGGGGAGUGAGUGACACAACGAGGAGAGAAGGGUGUGUGAGUCACCGACCGACCGACAUGAAUGAAUGAAUGGCUGGCUGGCUGGCGGGGACUUGCCUUUGGUUGAGGUGGCGAAGGUCUGGCCCCGAUGUGACGGCGAGGGCCUGACUCUUGGCCACGUCCGCCAAACCUGCAACCAACAAUAGCAAGGCACAUACACACACACACACACAUGGUCAGGCAAGCAUUCAUUGCGCCCGUCUGACGUACCCCUCUUCUCGAAGUCUUUCUUGUACAAAUGCCCCUCGCAGACCACGACGGGCAGCGUGGACUCAGCCAUGAUGUACUCCUCCUCGAUAUCCACACCCUCCUGCAAACACCACACAAACGACGGCCGGUGCAUCCAUCAUUCUCCCUCCCUCUCCCUCCCAAGGAUCGGUGCUCACAAAUGAGCUCGACAGCUUCUGCAUCUCAAUCUCCUCCGUCGACUCGCCCCCCCUGGACACUGGCGAGCUCCCCGUCACACUCACAGACGGCCGGCUGCCAUCCCGCGUUGACAUCUCGCCAAUCGACCCCCGCUCCCUCGCCGUCCCUCCAAAUGACGGAGUUGGGCAUGGGUCAGGCGUGGGGCUCUCGCCGCCUGGCCGAGUGAGGGCGGCCGCCCUUCUCCUGCUGGCCUCUGUGGGUGUGGACGGCGAGGGGUAUGGGGUGCGGAUGAGUGCGGGGUGGGGGCUGACGUCACGGGCGCUGAGGAACCAGUCGAGGUUGUGCACCUGCGAGUCGGACUCUGCUCACACACACACAGAGAGAGAGAGAGAGGAGGGUGACUGGGUGUGUGUGUGUUGUGGGUGCUGGUACCUCCUGGCGGCAACGAGUCGGUGCUCUCCUGCCGCUCAGUCAGCCUGAAGAAACGACAUUCAGACAAGAGUCGGGUACCUAGGUGGGUUGGGUGCUCUUCUUGUCGUCACAUCUGACCUUUCCUCCCGUUGCUCUCCUAUAUCGGGCUCGGCUGCCGGCGGCGGCAGCGGUGGCGUGACGUGUCCCUUGCGCGGCACUGCGACCGUUUUGGACCUGCCUGCAGACUGCCGGCCCCCCCUGGUCUCUCGCUCCUCCCACAUGCGCCCCGAAUGCUGCCAGACAGACAGACAGACAGACAGGUGUGGUGUGUGUGGAUCGUUGCCUUUGUUUCUUCCUUUCGGCCUUGUGCGUACUCUUCUCAGCGUGGCGACUUUGGUCCAGUGGAGCUCCUCGAACACCGAGCCCGUUAUCGACGGCAGCCGCUCGCGACCACCGUCGCUGCACACACACACACACACACACAAAACCGAUUCCCUUGUUCAUUUCCCACAAGCCCCUGCAGACGUACGAUCUCAACUGCCUUCGCGAUUCGGCGUCUUGUGGCCCCCUUGUGGGUGUCCGGGAUGGCUGUGUCGAUGCGUCCGGCGACCGUGGUCCGGUGAGGGGGACGAACCUGAGGAGGCCGCCGGUCGGGGAUGAGGCUGCUGUGUCGGGUUCGGGUGGGGCGCCCUCUUCCUCGUUGAUGGACGACAGGGCCUCCUGGCAGCUGCUCAACACCUGAUAGAGAGAAGGGCAGAGUGAGGGGUGGGGGUGUUGGGGGGUGUGUGUGGUUGCUGACUUCGUCUUUUUCCAUCUUGUUGAUGUCGUCUCUGAGAGCCACCAGCUGGGUGACCACAUACAUGUCGAAGAAGGGCCCGUACUUGCGCCGAAACUCGCACACCUGACACACACCACACACGACAAGAAAAGACAGACACCCUCUUCUCCUCUAUGGGCCAAGCCACCUUGAAGGUGAGGAAGUCCGGCCGCUCCUGCAGCACGUCGCUCAUGUCUUGCAGGAUGGCCACUCGCCGCUUGGUGGCGGCCUCGCCCAGGAAGCUCUCGAAGAACUCACCCAACACGCCAUAGUCGUUCCGGAUCUUGGUCACCAGACGGGGGCGAUCGGGGCGAGGGACGGGGUACCUGCCAAACACCCGACACACACAUUUGAUGGAUGGAUGGAUGGAUGGAGCAGGGCGUAUUAUUACUUGAUGAGGCCCUUGAGGUAUAUGACGAGUAUGUGGUGGAGCAGCUGUGCGGCGAUCCGCUGGACAAACACCCAUUGCAAGUCCUCCUGCAGACGCUCAAGGGACGACGCCAGCAGCUCUGGGGGUGGCAAAAGUCGGACAGGACAGGACAGGCACACAAUGAGAGACGACCGUCCUGCCCUGCUGUUGUCGCUAGGCUGCUUUGCUUACGGAUGGUCACGUGUCUAACGGGCAUAUCGAUGACGUUCUUCCUCCUCAGCAACACAGCCGCAUUGUUCAGCAGCCUACAACACACCGCACACACCACACCAAGUCCGAGGAACAGACCUUUGUCUGCCCGUGUCGCGUGUCGAAGCGCACGGCCAUCACCUGAUGGCCAGCAGCUCCUCGACGAUGGACGCGAGCGCGGCGAACCGCCUGGCCUCCUCGCGCAGGCUCAGAGAGGCCACUCGGUCGUCGGCGUCCAUCAUCCCGCCACCGAGGGUCGACGAGGAAGCGGCUGCUGUGUCGGGCUGCUCCGUCUCAUAAUUCAGACCCAUAUACCGAUCUAUAGUAUACACACAAAAGUGAUCGACCACAGCGGUGCGGCGGUUUCUGCCUCCUUGCUUCGCUCUUUCCUUCUCACCGGUCGCCGCGCAUUUCUCGAUGAAAAGUGAGGUGUUGUUGAGCUGUGCGGCAAGGAAGUCCAGCCUCAGGUAGCCCUCCACGCCGCCCUCCGCCAGCAGCAGCUCCCGCAAAGUGACCUGGUAGUGGAACACCACCGCCUUGGUGAUCUCCAGCACCUUCUCGCUCAGCACACGGAUGCGGGCGUCACGCGCUUGGGCUGACAGGGGGAGAGAGAGAGAGGAAUGGCCGUGGGUGUGUGUGUGUGUACCGAGGUAUGUGGUGACGAGAUGGAAGAGGUCCACUGGGGCGGAGGUGUAGAUCCAGUUCUCGAUGGCGUGGCGGAUGGGGCAGAAAAUCGUCUCCUGACACACAGGGCACGAGUGUCGUCUUAGUGUCAAUAGCGUCAGUCCCACCAACCACACCUGUUUGACAAGGUUGAAGACGAGCGGCACUGUGUUGGCGAGCACCCGCCGCGCGUAUGCCUCGGCGAGGGCCUCAAUGGCGGCGGGGUAGCAGAGGUCGAACACACCAUACUCCUCAUACCCAGUGCUCAACACGUGCAGGAACUCCAGAAUCGACUAACACACACACACACACACACACAGACGGCUCUCUCUCUCUCUCUCUGUGUGCGUGUGUGUGUGUGUGUGUGCGGCUCACGAAGACUUUUGCAGGGGGCAUGGCCAUGGUGUUCCGGAGGUCCCCAAUGUCAACUUCCCCCUGUCGCUCCACAUCGUGCCGCACAGCCGCCGUCCAGAAGUCCGCCAGCCCCACCAGAAUGGGCCGGAGGUACUGCUCCACGAUGAAGGCACACACGUCCUUCCGGGGCGGCCGCACCGACGUGGCCGCCUGCAGCAAUGCCCCACACUCGUUGCUGAAGUCCUCGAGAAGCACCAGCAGCUGACAUGGCCACCACAGAGACGGCCUCAGCUGCGUGUGAAUGGAAUGUGUUGGUGUGUGUACUUUGUCGAUAGGGAUGUCGGUAGCGUGGCUGGCGAGCAGCUGUGAGAGUGCGGGGAAUGAGGUGGUGUCGGCGAGUGUCUUGGGGCUGGUCCCGCGCUCCUCGGCCACAGCCCACACAAACAACUACACACACAUGAGGUCAGGGAGGGAGGAAGAGCCCAGCACCCACGUGACGACAGCGAAAUGGACCGUUGAGUGCGUCUCUCCCGUCUCACCCGUGCAAGCUUGAUUUUGAUUGCGGCAUCAGCCGCCCUCUUGCGCUCAUCGGCCGGCGUCCUGUCGAACACCUGCAGCUGCUCCCUCACCGUCAUAUCGCGGCCCUAGCCACACACAACACAAACACCAGUCGUCCGUCACUUACACACAUGGACUCUGUCUGCUAGGGCGUUCAUCGUUCACUCACCUGGUCAAGUGCCUCGGCGGCCUUCCUGGAUGCCCGCAGUGCGUCGCGCCAGACGGUGGCUUCCUGCUGUGUGUCGGCCAGGAUGCCCCGCAGGUAGUCGCCGCUGUGCAGGCGGACCUCAAAACCCUCGGCACGGGAUAUCACCUGAAGAACCGACGACCAGCCAGUGUGUGUGUUUGACUCGUUUCCUCUGUUUCUUCCUUGCCUACGUCAGAUAUGUCGAUGCAGGAGCGCAGGUCGAUGGCCCCCUUGGGACAGGAGCCGUCCAUCUCUGCGGCGAAGUAGUACAGCGUGUCCGCCUGCACUCCCAGCGGAAACCUAACCUCACACACACACACACACACACACACACACAGACGCAUCCUUUGCCGACACCGUGUGUGUGGCUUCUGCAUGCUCACGUGGUCUCUGCAAUGUGUCUGUUGAUGGGCAGUGGCUGCGUGGCCCUCAGCGUGAUGAUGGGGCGGCUGGCGAUGACCACGAAGUAGUAGCUGGUGGCGUACUGGGCAGACGAGGGGUCCUGCGCAAUGAUGGUGUCGCGGCGGUUCUUCUUGAGCUGCCCGAACAGCACGGACUCGAGGAAGCCUUCCUCGUCAGAUGCACCCGCAGGCCCCUCCUCCUCUGCGGGUGGCUGCUCGCCUUCCGCUGAUGAUGCAGCCGGGCGGCUCUCGGCCCUUGACGCUUCCCACGCCUGCAGAUGACAGACAGGAGUCGACAGACAAUUCGCUGCGUGUCUGUGCCUGACCAUCUGCAGGGGUUCCCAGAGGCCCUUGAGUUUGAGGAACUGCCUCUUGGCGUCGGUGUUGGCGGAGUCCGGCCUGGCGGCCACCUGGUGCGGCCUGGCCUUGUACGCCCUGUAUCUCGACGAACCGCCCAGCAUCUCGACGAACCGCUCCUUCUUCUCCUCCUCCUCCACCGCACUGACCGAUCCCAUCACACACACACACACACACACACAUUUUGACAGAAAGGCCGACACACGCGGGCCUGCCGCACACAAAACACCCACAUACCGAUCUGCGUGGAAGAGUCGCAUCUUGGCUUCGAGGGCCUCCACCCAUGCGUCCUUCUCGGCGGCCGUAUGAGCCUUCAGGAACCAAUCACGACCUGCCAUGCACACCGACAGUCAGGCACCUUAUCGCGCACCCGGUUGCCAAUCGUCCCUCACCAGGCGAGAGCAGCGUGAAUUUGGUGGCGUCUUCGAUGUGUAUGCUCGACACGGCCAUGAGGUUGAUGAUGCCCUUGGGCGGGUCAAGCUCUAUCGACACCCCCGCCCUGGGCACCUUCCGCCAGUACCCCAGCUGCCGCCCGCCCUCAAUCAGCUUGAAGUAGCGGUCCUGCCACCCGCCGAUGAACGUGGCCGGGCGCUUCUGCAGCCAUCCCUCGACAGCAGUCGGGGAGGGCGGCCGGGAGCGGGCAGUGAACUCGACGGACUCGGCUGUGUAGUAGGGGGACGCCUCGCCAUCGGUGGAUUCGAACACCGCUGACAAGACCUCCUUGAUCGGACCUUCUGCCGGCGCUGCUACUGCCAU